AUGGAGCAAAGGUCUGCACCCAUUGAUGUUAUGUUGGAUGAUAUGAAAAGGCAGCAGAUAGAGGAAAACAGAAAACUUCUGAGACCCAUUAUCGGAGCAAUCGUUCUUUGUGGCAGGCAAAAUAUUCCCUUGCGUGGACAUAGAGAUGAUUCUUCGAACUAUCUGUCAGAUGAGGUUAACUGUGGUAAUUUUAUUGAAAUCCUAAAGUACGGUGCAAUGUGUGCUGGUAAGACUCUUGAGGAACUUUUCAAAAGCACUCCUAAGAACAUGACCUACAAAUCAAAAACCACUCAGAAUGAAAUAAUUGAUAUAUGUGGCGAUAUGAUAACCAAAAAACUUACUGAUGAGAUCCGCGAAGCAAGGUUUUACUCCAUUCUCGCCGACGAAGCAUCAGAUUGUAGCAACAUAGAACAGCUUAGUAUCGUUAUCCGGUUUGUAGACAAGCAGUGUCAAAUAAGAGAAGAGUUUCUUGGCUUUGUCCCGUGCAAAAAGGGUGUGUCUGGUGAAGCUGUUGCCGCUACAAUUGAAGAAUUCCUUCGGACCAAAAUUUGCCGAUUGAUGAUUGUCGUGGUCAGGGUUAUGAUGGAGCUGGGAACAUGGCAGGGCGAUUAUCUGGAGUAG